AUGUGUAAUCUAUUAUCAGGUAAAUUUUUCUUGGUGGAUUGUGGAUUUCCAAAUCAACGCCAAUUUUUGGCUCCAUUUCGAGGUGUUCGAUAUCAUCUCCAAGAGUUUGGUGGUCAAGGUCGUGCACUUGCAAAUGAAGUUAAGUUGUUCAAUCUUCGUCAUUCAUCCUUGAGGAAUGUCAUUGAGAGGAUAUUUGGUAUAUUUAAGUCACGAUUUAUAAUUUUCAAGUCAGCACCUCCAUUCCCAUAUACGACACAAACAGAUAUAGUGUUAGCUUGUGUCGGACUACACAACUUUCUUCUAAAAGAGUAUAGAUCUGACAGAUUUCCUGUUGAUUUAGAGAACGAAUCUUCUUCAUCUUCAUCGUUACCCGUUAAUGAAGGAGAUCCUAAACUAGUUUUCCAAAUACAAGAGCAGCAACGACAUAAUGCUAAUGAAUGGAGAGUUGGUAUAGCUUUGGAUAUGUGGAGAGAUGCUGGGCAUAAUGACAACAAUGAGAAUCAAGGAUAA